GAGAGCGACGGGGGAAGAAAAAACGCAGCUUUAGCCUUUAACGCUAACGUCAGCAGCAGGAGCAUCCAGAUCUUGCACCCAAAAGAACCUUCCCUUCAUACACUCAUACACGCACACUCUGCAUUCUUUUUCUCUUCACCUUUUCUUUUCUUUUCUCUCCAACCAAACAAAACCCGAGAAAAAAAGAAUCACAGAAAUGAAUUUAGGCCAAGAAAACAAGAAGAAGAACAGCAACAAAUUUAGAACCACCAUUCCAAAUUUAUCACCAUGAAACCUUGUGGUCACCAUCACCCUCAUCAUUUCAUUUUCUUUUUAUUAAUUCUCUCAUCACUGUCACUAUCAUCAUCAUUUCAACGAAGAAUUCUUCACCAGCCAUUGUUCCCCGUCGCUUCAGUUCCACCGCCCGACACUUCUCCUCCGCCUCCGCCGACAAUUCUACCACCUCCUGACCAGCCUUUCUUCCCCGAAGUCCCAAAUGGACAAAACCCAGAUCAAACUCAACAACAACCGUCACCUUCAUCACCAUCCACGUCAUCCUCACCGGCUAAUGGAACUAAUGCACCUAUUCCGACAGCAACACAGCCGGCUAAACCAGCUAAAAAAGUUGCGAUUGCAAUCUCAGUUGGGAUUGUUACUCUCGGCAUGUUGUCCGGUCUCGCAUUUUUUUUAUACCGUCACCGUGUUAAACACUCAACCGACACUCAGAAACUCGUCGUCGCCGGUAAUGCUAACGAUAACGGUAAUUCCGGAAGAUUCAAUGAUGAGUCAGUAGUACCGUCUUCUAGUCUUCUUUAUAUGGGUACUGUACAACCGGGAAGAACAUCCGGUGAAAUUCACGUACCAACUGCGACAACAAAUGAAUCUGCUGCGAAUCAUUCACCUUAUCGGAAACUUAAUUCCGUCAAGAGAUCCGAUCGGUAUCGACCUAGUCCUGACUUGCAACCGCUUCCGCCGUUACAAAGGCCGCCGUCAUCUCGACACGAGAAUGAGAAUGUGAAUGAGAAUGAAAAUUCUUCUUCUGAUGAAGAGAGCCACGGGACUGCUUUUUAUACGCCGCAAGGCUCGUUAAUCAGCAACGAUGAUAACUAUUACGCCGCCGCGGUUGUGCCGCUGUCGCGGACUAUUAGUAACACCAGUUCCGGUAAGGCUGUUAAUGGUAAUGGUAAUUCUGUUCCUCAUUCUAAAAGGACUUCUCCUAAGUCGAGAUUGUCUUCAGUUUCUUCGCCGGAAAUGAAACAUGUUAUCAUUCCAUCAAUUAAGCAACCACCGCCGCCGCCUCCUCUACCACCACACGAAAGAGCUUUGAAUAUUGAGCCAAUCAGUUCAUAUUUGCCGAAACGAACAAAAUUCUCAGCUCCUCCACCGCCACCGCCAAAUAUGGCAAUUCUCCGAUCAAUAAGCAGUCCACAACAACAACCAAGUAAAAUUCCAGCUCCACCUCCUCCUCCUCCGCCUCCACCACCACCGAUGACAAUCCUGUCAACACAGAGCAAAACAGGGUCCUCUGAAACAGCAACAGCUAGUGUAUUCUCUCAACCUAGCACCGUGUCGUCCAAGCAACAGUUAACCGGCGCCGUUUCCAAGACUGAAACGACACCGUUGAGUGCAGAGAGUGUAAAUAAAAGGGUCAGUUCAUCCGAGAAAACUGAUACAGAGGAACAAGACGGAGGAAAACCAAAAUUAAAACCAUUACAUUGGGACAAAGUGAGAGCAACUUCAGACAGAGAAACAGUCUGGGACCAGCUUAAAUCCAGUUCUUUCCAAUUAAAUGAGGAUAUGAUGGAGAGUCUAUUUGGGUGCAAUUCAACAAAUUCAGUUCAAAAAGAGCCCACAACGAGAAGAUCUGGUCUAUCUGUUGUUGAGCAAGAAAACAGAGUUUUGGAUCCCAAGAAAUCACAGAACAUAGCCAUUCUGUUAAGAGCACUAAAUGUUACCAGAGAUGAAGUUUCUGAAGCACUUUUAGAUGGUAAUCCAGAAAGCUUGGGUGCUGAGCUUUUGGAAACUCUUGUCAAGAUGGCUCCAACCAAAGAGGAAGAAAUAAAACUUCGAGAGUAUAGUGGUGACACCUCCAAACUAGGGUCUGCAGAGCGAUUUCUCAAGGCAGUACUUGAUAUUCCGUUCGCCUUUAGAAGAGUUGAAGCCAUGCUGUACAGAGCCAAUUUUGAAACAGAACUAAAAUAUUUGAGGAAAUCAUUUCAAACCCUUGAGGAAGCAAGUGAGGAACUGAAGAACAGUCGGCUGUUUCUAAAACUCCUCGAGGCUGUUCUGAGAACAGGAAACCGGAUGAAUGUUGGCACCAACCGCGGAGAUGCUAAAGCAUUUAAACUCGAGACACUCUUAAAACUUGUGGAUAUAAAGGGAACAGAUGGGAAGACAACAUUGCUCCACUUUGUCGUUCAGGAAAUCAUCAGAUCCGAGGGCUCAAAUACUGAUGUCGGAAAUGGGAUUCCUCAGGGUGGUAGAGACUUCAAGUUUCGGGAGGAAGAUUUCAAAAAGCAAGGAUUGCAGGUUGUGUCUGGUCUGAGUAGAGACCUCAGCAAUGUGAAGAAGGCAGCAGGAAUGGACUCUGAUGUCUUAAGUAGCUACGUGUUGAAGCUCGAAAUGGGACUUGAAAAGGUAAGAUCAGUUUUGCAGUAUGAGAAGCCGGAAAUGCAAGGGAAUUUUUUUAACUCAAUGAAGCUGUUUCUAAGAGAGGCUGAAGAGGAAAUUACUAGAAUCAAAGGUGAUGAACGAAAGGCUUUAUCGCUUGUGAAAGAGGCCACAGAAUAUUUUCAUGGGGAUGCAGCGAAGGAGGGAGCCCAUCCGUUCAGGAUUUUCAUGAUUGUAAGAGAUUUCCUGAAUAUAUUGGACCAUGUAUGCAAAGAAGUAAGAAAUAUGCAGGAUACAACAAUGGUGGGCUCUGCUCGAUCUUUCCGGAUAUCUGCAACCGCAUCACUGCCGGUUCUCAACAGAUACAACGUGAGACAAGAUACGAGUUCCGACGAGGAAAGCUCUUCGCCGUAAAACCCUGUCUAUACAGAAUUUAAUGCUGUAGGAAAUUAGCCAAACUACCAUAUACUUGAAAGAGUUAUUAGAAGCCUCAUAUUGGAUUGAAUCAGCAGCAUGGCGCACGGUGCAUCUAUUUUUCGAUCAAUGACGAGAAUGACGGAGAAAAAAAAGCAGAUGAGCAACGGGGUUUCUCAUUAUCAAGAAAGUCCAAGCUCACAGAAGCAGUUUCAGGUUUGCCAUUGUAGGACAUGCACAUUUUGUACUGAGAACUAUUAAAUUGAAGAUAUUCACAGGCACAGAGUUUAUAUAUGAUAAUAACAAGAAAACACUAUUAUUCUUUUCAGAAUAUAUCUAAAAGCAAAAUAAAAUAGUAUUCAA